AUGAAAGAGAAAUACGGCUUUAUUAAUACGUGUCUGAAGUCACUGGUCAUUGAAAGGUUUGGAGAAGAGACAUGGGAAAAUUUGAGAUUAAUGGCUGGUGUCCAGGAGACAUUUAUGACCUAUGAAAUCUACGACGAUGUCAUCACUCUUCGUUUAGUGCAAGAGGCUUGUAAAAUGCUGGAUGUCUCCUCCGAGGUGGUUUUGAAGCUUUUCGGAGAGUACUUUUUCAGCUUUUGUAAGAUGUCCGGAUAUGACACUAUGCUGCGAACACUCGGUGGAAACCUGGUAGAAUUCAUUGAAAAUCUUGAUGCUUUACACAGUUAUUUGGCAUUAUCUUAUGAGGCCAUGAAUGCUCCGUCCUUUCGUGUGGAGCGGAUGGAUGAUGGCCGAAUUCUCCUUCACUAUUACUCAGAUAGGAAAGGGUUACAUCACAUCGUGCCAGGUAUUAUCGAGGCUGUGGCAAAGGAUUUCUUUGACAGUGAAGUUAUGAUGACCAUUCUAAACCAGUCAGAAGAGGAUGAGCGCACUGGAAAGAAGGAACAUGUGGUUUUCCACAUGGUACAGAAGGAAAAGGUGACCAAAAGAAAGGCUCAACCAAGACAGAAAGGCAGCACUGAGGAAAUACAGGCUGAGAAAGAGGACAAGGAAGAGACAAUGAAGAGAAUGAUGGCCAGGUAUGCCUGCCUGCAGCUGUGUCCAAGGAAACGAUCUCCAUGGGAGAUUGUGAGGAGCAUUGUUAUGUUGGGCCAAGGCAAUCUGCGACAAUCGUUCACUCCCAGCUACCCAAAAAGACUUUGGAUUGAAGAACAAGCCUUCUGUAAUGCUUUUCCCUUUCACAUUGUUUUUGAUCAAGAUCUGGUGGUGAAGCAAACAGGUGUCAACAUUCAGAAGUUUGUUCCCGGACUGCAGACCGCAGGUAUCCGUCUGGAUGAGUACUUUACCAUCGUUCACCCAGAGGUCAUCUUCAACAUCCAGAGCAUCAAGAAGUUCAUCAACAGCCAAUUUGUGCUGAAAACCAGGAGGGAAAUGUUACCGGAGAUCCACCAAAACCAGUCCACACUCAAACUGAGAGGACAGAUGAUGUGGAUGGAGUCACUCAACUGCAUGAUCUAUCUGUGCUCUCCUAAGCUACGAAGCCUCCAGGAACUGGAGGAGAGGGGUCUCCAUCUGGCCGACAUCGCCCAGCACGACACCACACGAGAUCUGAUCCUGCUCAACCAGCAGAGGUUGGCGGAGAUCGAGCUCUCCAAUCAGCUAGAAAGGAAGAAGGAGGAGUUGAGAAUCCUCUCACGCAACUUAGAGAUUGAAAAGCAGAAAUCAGAAAAGCUUCUUUAUGCCAUGCUGCCGACACACGUUGCCAACCUGCUUAAAGAGGGCAAAAGGGUAGAGGCAGGUGAGUUCAAAGUGUGCACCAUCCUUUUUAGUGAUGUGGUCACAUUCACUAACAUCUGCGCAGCCUGUGAACCUAUUCAAAUAGUCAACAUGCUCAACGCCAUGUACUCCAGAUUUGAUCGACUUACAAACAUCCACAAUGUCUAUAAGGUGGAAACUAUAGGUGAUGCUUACAUGGUGGUUGGCGGUGUGCCCGUUCCUACAGACACUCAUGCAGAGCGGGUGGCAAACUUUGCCCUCGGUAUGAGAAUUGCUGCGAGAGAAGUAACCAGCCCUAUCACAGGACAGCCCAUACAGAUCAGAGUAGGCCUGCACACCGGUUCAGUUUUGGCAGGUGUUGUAGGUGACAAAAUGCCACGCUAUUGCUUGUUUGGAGACACGGUCAAUACAGCCUCUCGGAUGGAGAGCCAUGGAGUUCCUGAUCACAUACACCUGAGCCCCUUCACAUACAGUCACUGUAUUUACAUAUAUGAUUUUGUUGAAACUAUCAUUUGCACAGAAGUAAGUCCUGAAGACACAGACGGUGGGCAGAAAGAGGAAGAGAAAAAGGAGGAAGAAGUUGAAAACCCGAAAAAUCACAUAUCAUCACCAUCUCUCUGUCCAGGCAAAAUCUCCCCCGAUCAUUUAAUUCAAUUCGAUGUAACGCCAGCAUACGAAAGCCCCACUGACUUCAAACAUUUACACAAUGGUCUUCAUUCAGACAGCAUUAGUACUAAGUUCUGCUCGAUACUUUAGUCCAACAUCACUGAAUUAAACCCAAUUUUAAGAAGAUAGAAUUUCAGAGGGCCAGUAACACAAAUCAACAGCUGUAAUCUAAAACUCGCAGCACCAUGUGCCAUGUGCUGUGUAUAAUGUCUGUUUUUCCCAGCUCUACAAGAAACAGUGGGGGAUUUCUACUUUGUGGACACAGAUUUGUCAUAUGGGAAAGGCAAGUCUCUACGCUGAUUCCCAGUGCUCCUCGUGCAGCCUGGCUUCAUUUGCACCUGCUGGUUGCCCGCUGGUGAUGGCCAGCAGUAGAACCACCCCUGGAGAAAGCUAAUCUCCCUCUGGAGAAAUUAAUCACUUAUUAUAGACUGUUUUCAUGUGGAAAUCAGAUGGCAAACACAGAUGACCAGAGGUAGAUAAACAUAUGGUUGCUGUAUAGCGAUCAAAUUUUCGUUUGAGGUCAUCUGCAGUCUGUUAGGCAACAUGGGAACUAAUUAUUCACUGUGCCCAA